CAUAAAACUAUACAGAAGCCUCAUGUAUGUAUAUUUAGUUAUGUUUAUUUUUAUUCAGUUUUACAGUUUAAUGUUCUAUAUAUAUAUUAUUUAAGUUUAGGUGGGUACAUCUGGAUGUUACCUGAGCUAGAUACUUCCAAGGCCUUCUCUCCCUCCCCCCUCACUCACUCUCCUUUCCCCACCUCUCUCUCCCUUCUCCAAUAAUAAAUAGAUUAGUUAGGGAUUCACAGGCGGUCAGUUGAUUUGACGCUGCAGAAACAGACAGAUGGCUGAGGAGAAGCAGAGGGAUCUCAUUACAGAGGCUUAGUCAGCACAGCCAGGCACGGCCAGGAGCAGGUAGUCUCAGUUACGUGCUUGUUUUAUGCCAGCCUGCUCUUCUCUCAGCAGCUCUAGCACCUCAAAGCCCCAUCCCACAGACCUGGGGAUACACCGACACAUCAUGGAGAAGGAGGAAGAGGAGGAGGAGAUUUUCACAGCCUGGCCUGCUGAAGAUGACGAGCAGGACAGUGCAGAGGAGCCAGAGGAGCAGGAGGACGAGGAGGAGGAGGAGACGGACAGGAAGAGAAGCUUGGAUAUACCCAGGCUGAGUCACUCGCUGACCAAACGCAGAGCCUCUCUUCCAUGUCCGGAUCAGCUGAGUUCUAUGCAGCUGACCCAUUUGGCCUAUCUGACCCGUCUGCAUGCGGCCACCAUGGCUCCUGCCCCGGCCCACGUGAGACAGCACGGCCGCAAUGAAGAGGAGGACGAAGAGAGACCGGUACAUGAGAGGAGACCACCCACCAUCCCGACCAUACCUGAGGGGCUGGAGCCGCUGGAGAGGAAAGCACGGUUCAGGAGCCGCAACGUCAUGUCACUAAGCGAUGCAGAUAGUUUGUGUCUGAUCUGUCAUGAUGACCUGCGCAAAGGAGGAGGAUCUAUCAGAGAGCUCCACUGUUCACACAGCUUCCACAGUGAGUGUAUAGAGGAGUGGCUGUGGACAAAGCAGACUUGCCCUACAUGUCGCAAGCAUGUGGCCAUGCCAGAACCUCUUUACUGGACAUCGACUCGUGUCAAAGUGCCCUGACCCUUCACAGCCACAUAUGAAGUUAUGUUUCACCCAUCUGAGAUUGCUGGAAUGAAGAAACAGAGAACUGUGUUUUCAAAGGAACAAAGAAUUCGUCCCCCUGUGGCUUCUUUCACACACUAGCUGUCGUACUGCUGUCAGACCUUCUAGUUUAAUUAGUCUUGGCAAGCAUGGAUCAGCAGCUCUAGAUCCUCAAGUACAUGUCUGGAACUUUCUGCUUCCUGCAGCUGCGAGUAAUGGGAUUAUACUGGAUUGCAGCAGCCUAGAGUUGUGAAUGUGAACUGCUGAUCAGAGUUACUAAACCUCAUACAAAAUGCUGGCUAAUUCGUGGACAGAAUGCUAUAAUGUUUUUGUCCUUUUUUUUCUUUUAGCCAGCUUCUCUCUUUUAAAAUGUAAAUACUGUAGAUCAUGUUAAAUAAUCUUUUCUGGUUUAGAAACCAGAUUUUCUAUUUUGUAUGUUGUAAAGCUGUAUGCAUAAAAUCUACUUAUCCAAUAGUUCAUGGACAAAGAGUUUCUGGAAGAAGCUAACUAAGUAAUGUAACUGUGACCAACCCAUCUCAAAACAUCAUUUUAAAACAUAUUUUUAAAAACACAAGGGUGUAAUUUUUGUUCUGCCAAGUCAUGGCCUAGGCCAGGCGUUUCUGAAGAAUUUUUUUUUUAGAAAAUGUCAUAAAAUUAAAGCCGCAUUAGCUUAUUUCACUAGCCAGGCUAAAGUACAGCCUCUACACUGUAGGGUUUGUUUUAGGCAGUGUUACAACUCAUUUACUUCAAUAAACAAUGAGAGAAGUCCAUGUCAUCCAUUUAAAUUCGAAGCAGUUAUAUGUUUGGAAACUUUUAAUGCAAAAAAUGCACUGGAGAACCAUGACUAUUUACAUUUACAGCAUUUGGCAGACGCUCUUAUCCAGAGCGACUUACAAUUUGAUCAUUUUUACACAGGUAGACGAAGGUAGUGUUAGGAGUCUUGCCCAAGGACUCUUAUUGGUAUAGUGUAGGGUGCUUAUCCAGGCGGGGAUUGAACCCCACUCUGCAAUGUAGAAGGCAGAGGCGUUACCCACUACACUAUACCAACCAACUAUGAGAGCUAGGACUUCAGUUCAGGCCAUAAAUGUAAAAACUCUGCCAAAAUUUGAGGAAAAAUCCAUCAAUGCAAUAAUGCUAAUUUCUGCUAGCCUCCCUAUGGGAUUCUAGUAGUUCGUUAUUACUAGCUAGCACAAGCCAACAGCAAUUCACAUGAACAUUUUGGCAGUUCUAGAUUAAACACAGACAUUUGAAGCUUCUAAAAGACAUUCUAUGUUUUACUUGAAGCUUGUUACAGACAGACUAGCAUAUAUUUUAUCUUGUAUCAGUUUCACUAUGACUCUAGAGAGGCUUGGUCUUGGGCUAGUGCCACUGUUUUCUAACAAGCCAUUGAUUAGGCUGCUGCUCAUGUUCACGGUCAAUCACAUUUUUAGGACUUCCAGAAAGCCUAGAGUGACCUUUUUUGCAUGUCAUUGGUUCCGUCUAUUGAAAAUGAAAUGAUGCUUUGUAAUUAUGCUGAUGGUUGAUUUGUUAGGCCUUUAGUUCAGCUCUUGGAGCCCUAAUCAAUAGGAGAGCUCACUAAGCUAUAUCCUCCUAGAUACCAUGGACAAAAAAAAUGAUUGGCCAAUUUUCUGCUGGGCUUUUCAAGAAUUUAACCAUUUUGUUUCCACCCAAAAGUUACCAAUAAAACAAGAGCAGUACUGUAUUACGUACAGAGGUUAAAUACAAGCAUGAUUCUAUUGAAUAAAGUGAUCUAAAAAUUA